AUGGCGUAAGUCUGAAAUUUUCUUGGGUUUUGUAUUUUAAAAAGUUUACUAUCAAUGUUAUGUCGUAUUUUACCAUUAAAGGACCAGAAAAGGUAUUUUUUGAACCGAUUUUUUUAUCGGCGUAAUCAGGCAAUUUCGUGGCGGGACCAUCAAGGUAUGUAUGUGUUCUCGAUUUUUAGAAUGGAGAAUAAGCUUCUCCUGUGAAUUUUAAAUGGCCGAUUGGCCCAGAAAGAUUGGUAUUCGUGCCGAAUAAGAUGUGAAGUUUCAGGAAUUCCAUCGAAAAUCGUCAUAUAAGUUCAAAAAUUAUGUUGUACUUCAUGAAAAAUUGGAAAAUUACUGAUUGUGUUCGUCUUUCAGGUUCUAUUUGAUCUCUUAGGCUCAGAAAGAUGGCAGACGUUUAGCAUUUACUAUUCAUGUUCCAUUUUUAAUUCAAUUGUUUCCGUUUUAUCCGUUUUUUUUUGAAUUUUAGGUAUCUCUUUCCAUGGAUGCUACUCUGAACAUGGCGUCAAGUUCCUUGACGAAUUCAAAAACAACUCACAGAUCUUAAGAAAAGGUUUAUUGCUAAUAUUAGACUGAAACAGAGGAAAUAUAUUUAGAUUGAAAUAGAGCAAAAGGGAUUCAACGUUCAUGAAGAUAAUUUUCCGUGUUGAUGGCAUUGUUCUAGUCUCCAAGGUCUGCAUCGUACUCUUUUCCCGACGUAACAGGAAUCUGAAACAAAAUGAACAUUUACAAAGAAAUUAUUGCCCAAAAGUUCAAGCUUAUUACCCAAAAAUCAAGUUUUAGCCCAAAUUUUGAUAUUAUCCAUGGCAAAAGUGCAUAGUUCUGAUAAAAACGGAGUAUUAAUAACAUGCUUUGUUCUGUAAAACGUAUAUCAACUCCUAGACUACUUCAUGCAGUGAUUAACUAAAGCUAGAGCGCUAAUUUCACUGAUAAAAACAUUGUUCAUGAUCCCGGUCUGUCUAAAAAAUAAACAAAAAAGAAGUAAAAUUCUCACCCGUCCACAUGUUUCCCUCGACCAUUCCCAUCCACGAGUCCGGAUUCUAACCGCUUAUAAUCGUCCAACCCUUCUUGUUCGGAGAGAUACCUAAAAAAGUAACUGAAGGAAAAAAAACAACUUACAUGAACGGUUUUGAUGUUUUUCAUCGAGUUCCUGGAAUAACCCAGCUCAUUCAACAUGUGAAGCAAUAGUUUUGGGUCAAUCGACCAUUUAAAAUUCACAGGAGAAGUUUAUUCUCCAUUCUAAAAAUCCAGAACACAUACAUACCUUGAUGGUCCCGCCACGAAAUUGCCUGAUUACGCCGAUAAAAAAAUCGGUUCAAAAAAUACCUUUUCUGGUCCUUUAAAACAGGGUUCGCGAGAGACUCGAGAACCCCUUGGCACAUUUUUACCAAGUUGGUCCUACAAGGCUGAAAUUCAACUCAGUUAGUACACUAGCAAAACAAAAUUUUUUGGCAUUUCUAUUUUUUCGAGAUUCGGCUUACUGUAGGCGUACUGUACUUUUACCGCAAAUUUUGUAUCACAAAAACUAGACAUCCCAUAGAGUCGGGAGUGGUUCGGGUGGAUUGGUAUGGUAAUUCUAAGCAAAUUACUUAUUGGCAACUUUUUUCUGAAGUUUUGCCUAAGGUCAGAAAAAAUUGAUUCUUUGGAUCCAAAGUUACAGUAACCCAGAUUGCUCAAAAUUUUUCCAUAGUGCGGCAAAUUUUGAAGCCUUUAUUUAGAAGUGCUUUUUAUUGCCGUUCCAACGAGCCUAUGAACACGCCUGUAGAGUGUCUCCUGGGGCAGAACCAGCCGUUUAAAGUUUGCAUUUACAGAAAAUGUGUCAACAUGACAUAGUGUACAUUUUGUCAAACCGAAUGUAUUAUUCCAUAAAAUGGAGGCUGAUGGUCCUCUAGACGUAGUCCGACCGUCUUUUGUGCCGAUUUACCUAUCUGACUGCCAUAAUUCGUCGGGAUGACAUAUUUUCUGGAAUCCACCGUGGUGGCAAGCUUUAAAUCUUCGUAUCUUGAGCGGGAGACCCUACAGGGACAUGGUUAUAGGCUUGUUACAACCGCAAUAAACAGCAGUUUUUUCUUGUAUCAGUUAAGAACUUUUUUUGAUAUGUAAAGUUUUGGAAAAACUAAGUUACUGUAACAAUAUUUUCCUAAAGCUAUGCGUUUUCAAACCCAAAGGGAUUUUUAAGUUUCUUUUUGCAUCAGAUGUGCUCAAUAUGAUUUCUAGAAUCUAAUAAAAGCAGUCCCAAGUCUCAAAACAUACUUACAACUGCAUUAACAGAAUUUCGGUAAAAUUACAGUACGACUACAGUAAGCCAAAUUUCGAAAAAAUAAAAGUGCCAAAAAUUUUUAUUUUGCUAGUAUACCCAGUAUGCGAAAUUUGAGCCCCGUAGGAGCAACUUGGUAAAAAUGUGUUUCCCUUAUCCUGCGGUUGCUCGGCUUUCUCGCCUUUGUUAGGUUUCACGGCGUCCAGAAAAUAUGUCAUCCCGACGUAUUAUGGCAGUCAGAUAGGUAAAUCGAUGCGAAGGACGGCCUGAUUACGUCUAGAGGACCAUCAGCCUCCAUUUUAUGCAAUAAUACAUUCGGUUUGACAAAAUGUACACUAUGUCAUGAUGACACAUUUUCUGUAAAUGCAAACUUUAAACGGCUGGUUCUGCCCCAGGAGACACUCUACAGGCGUGUUCAUAGGCUCAUUCGAACGGCAAUGGAAAGCACUUCUAAAUAAAAGCUUCAAAAUUUUCCGCACUAUGAAAAAAUUUUGAGAAAUCUAGGUUACUGUAACUUUUGAUCCAAAGAAUCAACUUUUUCUUGCCUUAGGCAAAACUUUAGAAAAACGUUGUCAACAGGUAACUAGCUCAGAAUAAUGAUACCAAUCCAUCCGAUCCACCCCCGACUCUCUGGCAUGUCUAGUUUUUGUGAUACAAAAUUUGCGGUAAAAGUACAGUACGCCUACAGUAAGCCCAAUCUCAAAAAAAUAGAAAUGCCAAAAAUUUUUGUUUUGUUAGUGUACUAACUGGGUUGAAUUUCGGCUCUGUAGGACCAACUUGGUAAAAAUGUGCCACCCAUGUUCUGCGGUUGCUCGAGUCUCUCGCGAACCCUGUUUUAAAAACUAAUGAAAUCCGAUUUGAAAAUUUUUUUUUGCAUUUUUUAUCAACUUUUUCAUGAUUAACACGGGAAAAUUUGAUAAAACGUCAAUGAAAUCUCAACUUCACCAACUUAGGCUUAGAAAAUUGGAAGAGAAGCUUGCAAGUUACGUAUUUUAUCAUAACAUGUAGUUUGAAAAUAAGAAUUAGGCCAUCUUUGAGCUAAUUCAUCAAUUUUUGUCUAGUGUAAUAUAAAAAUUUUACUAAAACUGAACUAAAGUUUAAUUUUCUGAUAAACUUGGCUAUAUUUAUAUAAAAUACGGGCAGCCAAGGCUCUAAAACAGUCGUUGUCCCAUUAUUUUACAUUGAUUUACACUCACUAUUACAUAAUUUUUUUAGGCGGAUCUCCGGAAUCAAAGUCCCGAUUUGGCUGGUUGUUGAAGUAAAAGAAGCCCAUCAAAUCUUCGCCGUCAACAGCAGAGACCAUCGGAUGUCCGAAUUCGGCGAUAUCUACAAAGGAGCAACCGGGAAAUUCAUCAUGGGAUACCGAAAAAUGGAAGCCGAAAUUUUGGACAUGUUUGAUGAGAUUAUGGCCAAAGCCGUGGCCAACAACUUGAAUGAUUGGAAUCAUAGGCGGCUACGGCGGAGGAUAGAUCCUCCUGGAUGUGCGGCGGGGUAGGGUUUGAAUUAGUUUUUGAAUUUUGAGAGAAAUUUUAUGUUAUCCAUGAUGGAAUUGAGGAUAUAAAAUUUAUUGUAGUUUUGAUGCUGAAAGGCAAGAUUAGAGGCUUUGACUAGCUUUUUGAGAUAUUACUAGGAUAUUUGAGUAUAACAACAAAGACUUGGGACGAAAUUGGACUUUAAUUAUAUUAUCCAUGAUGACUUAAUAGUUUUUUUGUCAAAAAAUUUCGAUUUUUGGUAAAAAAGUGACGGCAAAUUACUAUUUCUGACUAUAAAACACUGCAAUCUUCAGUAUAUUUUUGAGUGUUUUACUUUUCAAGAUUAAAAUUUUAUCAAAAAUCUUUUUAAAAAAUUUUAAAAUACGAUGUCCAACUGUUUUAAAACUUCUUUUAGGCCGGAUCCAAAGAUGUCCACCGAGCAGCGCGAUCAAUUCUCCAAAAGAUUUCAGCUAUUUGAGCUUCAAUUAGAAGAUGAGUCCGCCAAGAAUGACUUUUUCCGGUCGAAAAUUGAAGAGACAUUAGGAAUUUUCCGAACAGAACUGGACCGGAUCAAAGCUUUGCCUGCAAAUCGAAUUUUACAAGGUAAAUCUAGUUAUAAUUUUGAUUUUUUCAUUAAUUUUUUUUGAUUAUGACAAAAAAUGCGCGAAAUUUUAAAUUUUUUUGAGAUUUUUUUUGAUUUAACAAGGAAAGUACUUUUAUGGGGGCUUCUACUUUUUGACGGGACAUAACUCAAAAAUCAGAAAAAAUGUGCUGAUCAAGGAUAUAUAAAUCUUAGCGGCCCAUUUUGGGUUUUUAGGGGUGAAAAUGCCCAAAGACUGGCUCAAUUUCCCUACAAAAGGCGCAGGCAUUCGAAACGAUAAAAAGAGCAUUCGGUCUCUUCCUUCGGAAGAGAGCGGUGUGGCCGAGUGGUUAGUGCCGUAGUCUGGGAAUCAAGAGGUAGGACUCCGCACGGGUUCGAUUUCCCUUUUGGGCUGAAUCAACUUUUUUUGAAGUUGAAGGUCGGAAAAAUAAAUUUUUGGGCCAAGGCUGACUUAUUACGUUUAGAAACUCAAUAAACACCAUUUUAAGCCAAAAUAAAAAUUGUAAACCUGUGAAAAAUUAAGCGAAAAGGGGUUCAUAUAGGACUUUAAGUCAACUUCCGAUUGAGUUUUCACCCUUAAAAACCUAAAAUGGGCAGCUAAGAUUUAUAUAUCCUUGAUCAGCACAUUUUUUCUGAUUUUUUGAGAUAUGUCCCGUCAAAAAGUAGGAGCUCCCAUAAAAGUACUUUCCUUGUAAAAUGACUUACAAUUAAAUUUCCAGAGCCCUCAUCACCCUCCAACGCCGAAAAAGAAUUUCGUUAUAUCGCGAGAGAAGAGGUCGAUGAGUUUUUCAAAGCUUCAAAUGGGGAUCAUGGCGUCUUUUUCGACAAAGUCUCUACCACAAUUUUGACGCCCUAUGAGCGAACCUGCGGAAUUCGGAAGAUCCCUCAGGACAAACUGUUUGAGCUAGAGAACAUUUUGUCUAAAUAUUACCCACAAGGAAGUGCGGAGGACGAUCUGAAAUUAUGGAAGUCAUACAAACAAAAGAUGACGAUUUAUGCGGCAAAUAGGGUAAGUAGAAAGUUGAGAUUAUUAUUGAAAAUAAUGGUUUUGUGGUUGCUAUGGGCUGAGCAGGUGAUUUUUUGAAAAGUGUCAAAAGUUAUCCAUGAUACUUUUUGAAGACUUCAAAUGUUAUCCAUGAUAUUUUUUGUAAAUCUCAGAAUUUUUAAUGUCUAGCAGGUUUGGGAGGGCUAAAAAAUUGAUUUUGGUACGAUUUUUUGGCUGGGAAUGAAAAAAAAUUUUUUAAAUUUUAUCCAAUUUUAGGUUCAAAAUGGCAGAUUUUUUGUUUUUUAAGUGUAAAAUACGGCAGCUGUUGCCAUGAAGUUUACAAAAAUUGAAGAUUAAUGCAAUUUCCGUCCAAAAAAAACUAUUUUUCCUUCGGGUCUUUAUUAAAAGUAAUUUUUUUUACCCAAAAACUAUUAAUGCCUCAUGGAUAAUAUAAUAGAUCUCAGUUUUUGAUCCAAACUCAAUUUUUUUGCCAAUCUUUUCUUUCAGCGUCGAACAUGGCCCUACAAGAGCACGAGAAAGAACAAGAAACGACAGAAGACCUCGAAAAAUGACGAUUUCUCGGAGGAAAAUUCGAACUCAGCUAACGAUGAAGACGGAUCUCAAGAAUUCUCAGGUCAAGAUCCAAUGGAAAUUCUGAGGCAAUUCCUGACGAGUGUGGCGGAAUGA